CCCGAAUGACUGCCCGCCGCUCUCCACUCACCGCCCGUCUCACGCGCCGACGCGCGUCCGCACGCCCUAUCGCCCACAUGGUCCGGUCCACCAUCGCUCACGCGGCGCACGCUCCCGCUGGACUCCCCCCAUAUAAAUCCACCCGCAAGACUCCGACGCACCAUCCUCCGUUUACUAGCCAGAAAUACUUCCAUUCCAUUCCGUUCCGAUGGGUUCUAGAGUGGUUUCCCUGGUUGUGGCCGUGGCCGUGGCGAUGGCGGCAGGGGUGGGGGUGGGGGCCGACUUCGCGGCGGACCGUGCGGAGUGCUCGGACAAGCUGGUGGCGCUGGCGACGUGCCUGACGUUCGUGCAGGGGCAGGCGCCGGCGCCGACGCCCGACUGCUGCGCGGGGCUCAAGACGGUGCUGCAGAGCAGCCGCAAGUGCCUGUGCGUGCUCGUCAAGGACCGCGACGACCCCGGCCUCGGCCUCAAGAUCAACGUCACCAGGGCGCUCGGCCUCCCCGCCGCUUGCAGCGCCGCCGCGAACAUCUCCGACUGCCCCCGGCUGUUGAACCUGCCGCCCAACUCCAAGGACGCGCAGGUCUUCGAGGAUUUUGCCAAGCAGCAGGCAGCCCAGGGCAGCCCCGUGGGCCGAGUGCGCCGAGCACGGGCGCGCAGAAGAGCGCGGCGACGAGGAUGGGCCGGUGGUUGGGGGUGGGCGGGGUUGGUGGAGUCGCACGCGCAGGCGCGGUGGUGCCCUUUCUCCUCUUCUUCGGCGCCGUCCCACUCGCUCUGCCUUUCUUGCUCCUGCGCUGAGAAACGGAGAUGAUAGUGCCGGACAGCGGCUGAUCAUCAGUGUGUGUGUUUGUCAGUUUGUGUGUGUACAUGGGCUGAUAGUGGCGUAGCCGACUUGGUUGAUGAAAUGAUGAGCGCAAGCAUGAGUGUGUUGUGUAAUGCAUUAUUUGAGAUUGGGUGUGAAAAGAAAUCGAGAUGUGAGUUGGUAAUGCAUGUUUGA